AUGGCGGCGGCUGUGGUGGGGCAGGGCGUCACUCGCGGGGCUUCGGGCUCCUUCUCCCCGGCCAAGGGCGCUCUCUCCGGGGAUCACUGUGUGCUGGUGGUGGUCGGAGCUCUGCAGAGCCACGGGGCCCUGGAGCUCAUCCUGCGGCAGAUAGAGACCGACUGUUGUAUGUUGUGUUGUUUUGAGGAGAGAGAGUCCUGUUGUGUGACAUCUGGACUGUCCCAGCGUCGUUAA